UUUAAAUCGUGCGACCAUCUGGGAAGUGAUUUUCGCUUCAGUUUUCGGAAGGUCGUUACUUCGCCGUUUUGCUUCAGACACUUCUGUUCAACAUUCAGGUGAGCCAUGCCUUCAGUCCCUUCUGAUACAGAUGCAGCUGCUCUGGGUCCUGUCUGCACCCAUGCAGCCAAGAAGGUGGCGCUCCUGCACCAGGAGGACAAUGCAGAGCUGAAAGGGGCUGUCAUACUGAACGGGACAGAUGGCUGUCAGAUGGAUAACCUAACGGAGGUAGAAAAGGACCACUGCGUGGCGAACAAGUCACCUCACGCAAACAGUGAACGGGAUGACCAAGGGGAAAACGGCACACAGGGCCUCGCAGAGAGAAAAUGGAUCCGACCGGAUCUGUCCAGCAGAUGCAGUUGGAGGCUGGGUGGUCUGAAUGUGGACUCGCCACACCUGCACUCCCAAUGCACCAAAGCCCCCAAUAUUCUGCCAAACAUCCUGGGGAGGAUCGGUGACACCCCGAUGGUCCGCAUCAACCAGAUCACCAAAGCCUUCAGCCUCAAGUGCGAGAUCCUGGCAAAGUGUGAGUUCUUUAAUGCCGGAGGCAGUGUGAAGGAUCGUAUCAGUCUACGUAUGGUGGAAGAUGCAGAGAGAGCUGGAAUCCUCAAACCAGGAGACACCAUAAUUGAACCCACCUCUGGAAACACAGGUAUCGGUCUUGCUCUGGCUGCUGCAGUAAAAGGCUACCGCUGCAUCAUUGUUAUGCCUGAGAAAAUGAGCAUGGAGAAGGUGGACAUCCUCCGUGCUCUCGGAGCUGAGAUUGUUCGGACCCCAACCUCUGCCCGGUUUGACUCCCCGGAGUCUCACGUGGGUGUGGCUUGGAGGCUGAAGAAUGAGAUCAGCAACGCUCACAUAUUGGAUCAGUACCGCAAUCCCAGCAACCCCUUGGCUCACUAUGACACCACUGCUGAGGAGAUCCUGGAGCAGUGUGAUGGUAAAAUAGACAUGGUGGUGGCAGGAGCUGGUACAGGGGGCACCAUCACUGGUAUUGCCCGCAAGUUGAAGGAGAAAUGUCCCAACAUCAAGAUUAUUGGCGUGGACCCUGAGGGAUCAAUUCUGGCUGAACCAGAGGAGCUGAAUAAGACGGAUAAGACCCAGUAUGAAGUGGAAGGCAUUGGCUAUGACUUCAUCCCCACUGUACUAGACAGAUCUGUGGUGGACGGCUGGUACAAGUCCAAUGAUGACGAAUCCUUCGCCAUGUCACGCAUGCUGAUCCGAGACGAGGGCUUGCUGUGUGGUGGUAGCUCUGGCUCUGCUAUGGCAGCUGCAGUGAAGGUGGCGGCUGAGUUAAAGGAAGGUCAGCGCUGUGUGGUCAUCCUGCCAGAUUCUAUCCGCAACUACAUGUCUAAAUUUCUCAGUGACAAGUGGAUGUGUGAAAAAGGCUUCCUCAGAGAAGAGGAUUUGAUGGGGAACAAACCAUGGUGGUGGAAUUUGACUCUUCAGGAGCUGCACCUGUCUGCUCCCCUGACUGUUCUGCCCUCUGUCACUAUUAAGAACACCAUUCGGAUCCUAAAGGAGAAGGCUUUUGACCAGGCCCCUGUGGUUGACGAGGCUGGGGUGAUUCUGGGUAUGGUCACACUGGGCAACAUGCUCUCCUCUGUGCUUGCUGGUAAAGUGAGCCCUUCGGACCCUGUUGUCAAAGUACUUUACAAGCAGUUCAAACAGGUUCAUCUAACAGAUAAUUUUGGCAAACUCUCCCGCAUCCUGGAGACAGACCACUUCGCCCUGGUGGUGCACGAUCAAAUCCAGUACAUGACCAAUGGGUCUUCUGUUCUGAAGCAGAUGGUAUUUGGCAUUGUGACAGCCAUUGACCUCCUAAAUUACGUGACCAGUCGUGAGCGAAGAGGGCGUACGAUGUCCGAGUGCUCGCUCCCUGAUGACCUGUAGUGGCUUUCACACAAAACGCACCAAAAUCAUAACACAGUACAGUUUUUGCAAAGAUGCAUAGAAUUCUAGGAAAAGGAUAGUGGAAGCAAAUACUUUUAGUUUCAUAAAUGCUUGUUUUUUUGUUUUUGUUGCUCCCACCAACCCACAUUUAAUGACUACACCUUGAACAGAGCCCAGAUCAGUAGAGGACAUGAUUUGUAUUUCAUUAUACAAACUGCAUUUCUACAGUGAUUAUGCUUAUUUUAUCCAUGAAGGGUUUUGUGGCUUUAUUUUAAGUGAAAUAAAGCUAUGCAGAUUUGUCAUUACAUUUUUUGAGAUGUGUGUAUAUAUAUUAAAUGAUACAGAAGUAAGCUUUAUUUUGGGCUUAUUACGUUGUUAAAUUGAAUAUUCCCAUUUUCUUUCCUGUGCUUUCGAGAAUGACCAUUUUCGUAUAUGAUUUCGCAUUCAUGUAGGGCUAUACUGCCCCCUUGUGACAAGGUGAUUAGACGUCUAUUCUUAGAUUUUUAGCGCCUCUUGAUUUCAUCUGCUUGAGGUAAAUUUUGAAUUAAGGUCAGUAAUGGGUGAAACACGGGUAUGUAUGGAAAAGCAAACGGCAUCCAACCAAACUUCGUUUGAAUUAAUUUUUUUCUGACAUUGAAAACGGGUGUUUAUGUGGACAAGUGUAAAUAACUGGGGUUUGGCUUUUGAUCAUGUCCUAUUGUCUAGUCCCCAAGCAAGCAAAAAUUUCCCCCCCUCUUUCUGUACUUACUCUUCAUUUGAUUGUGCUUUCUUUGGUAAAUUUUAAACUGAAUGUAAGAGUGGAGGUGAUCCUUCCAAAGGACUGUUAAUUCAGGAAGUCUACAAGUUCAUAAGGCUACAUGCCUCAAUAUCAGGAUGUCUUUACUGUGAACCUUGUUUACUUCAAAUGAUUUCUUUCUUUUUUUGGAGAAUAUGUUGAAUGCUGUAAUGAAUUUGCUGUUUUAAAUAAAAUCUUUUCCCCCCCCCCC